AUGAGAUUAAAAAUAGAAUAUUUUUUUAUUUACUUUUUAUUUAGAAUAAGAAAUAAAAAUUAUGUAAAUUGUUUAGAUAAUUUAUUUAAAUCUAAUUGGAAUUCCAAUGAUAAAAUUGAAGUUAAUUUAAAUUUUACUAAUGAAGAUAAAAAUGAAGGAUGUACAGGUUCUGUAGAACAAAAACUGAUAAAUGGUGAACAAAUUUUUAAAACAAAUAAUUUAAUUAGGAAAUCUGAGAUUAAUGAGAGAAGAUUUUUAAGUAUAAAAAACCACAUUUAUAGAGAAUUUAGAAUUUACUUUUUUAAGUCAAGUAAUUCAAUUUCAAAUGAUUUUUAUAAAAUAUUAUUUGAAUGUGCAGAAGCAUCAUCAGCAAAACCUUAUUUAAUAGAUAUUUGUGUAAAAAAGUAUUUUAAAAAAUAUAAUAUUGAAUUUUCUUCAACAUGUUUAAGUUGUUUUAGUAAUUUCAUUGGGUGUGGUUUUAUAUCAUGUAAUGAACAAUGUUCAGUAGAUCAAUGUAAUUCUGAAUGUAAAACAUGUAGUGAAAAAAAUUGUUUUAAAAAAUUAUUAAAUUGUACGAAACUAGACAAAUUACCAAGCCCUUGUAAAUGA